AUGACAAUAGGAAGACCAAGAUUGCCGGGGACAGAGGCAGAGCGAGCCGAGGCGAGACGAGCAAAGGUUCGAGCCAAUGUCCAGGCAUUUCGAAAACGCCAAAAAGACAAGAAGCUAUCAGAGGAAAGUGCAAGCCCUGAAUCUGGCAACGACUCAUGCACAUCGGGACAGGCUUUAACUUCUCGUCUCCAGUCCUCAUCGCCUUUGCCUCCUCUGGACAGACUAUCACUGAAAGAGAGCAAUCGCCAAGAAUCACCAGAGUCUAGCGAUGGGGAAGUCUCCAUGGACUCGGGAUCAUGGCUUUGGGCCAUUCAAUCUGAGAUGGGUCUCAGGAUCAGCAGCAAAUUCUACCAUGAGGCAAUUUUGAGUAGCUUGAACGGCAAUAGCAAGUGCCAAAAUUCACCGUCAACAUAUGAAUCAAUACAGUCCGGCUCUAAAGAAAGAUUCACCAUCUGCUGUUCCAGUUGGAUCACAUCAGCAACAUUGGAAAUGGGAAGAUGUGAAACGGACGUGCUAAUGGAGGCAUUAGUCGGUGCAUCGUUGGCUAUCAUGGGAAGGGAGCAGCAGGACUCAGAAAUGAGACUUCAGGCCGCCUACGCACAAAGCCGCGCACUGAGGAGGUUGAGGUAUUCGAUCACGCGGUACGAGGAAGGCGACAACAGCGUGGACACAGUGCUACUGUCCUUGACAGCACUGACAUGUGCAAUGUCUGAACUGAUAGCAAAUCAAUCAUGGGCCAACUUCAAUCGCCAUCUGCUGGGAGUGGGAGCUCUCAUCUUUCAUAGCGGUCCUGGAGCGCUUGAGCAGCAGUCAAUCAGACAACAUUUUUUCGGCUAUCGCGCCAUGCAGACCCCCUUUCUUUUCAUGGAUCGCCAGACAGCAUUUCUGGCAAGUCCAGAAUGGAUUGAAUUCCCGGAAAAGAGUGCCUGCCGACUGGCUCAGCAGCCGCUGCAUACGAUGCUGGAUAUUGCCCUAAAAAUUCUCCCAGAAAUCGUCAAACAGGAGAUGGCAAAGAAGUGGAAGACUUCGACUCUGAAGGAACGUCUGCAGUUUGCAUGGAACACUGUCGCAGAGCUAGAGUCCUGGGAGAGGCGUUUGCGGUCAGGGCACAAGGGACCCCUCUACACUAAAAGAAAUGCAUUGUGGAAGGGAAUGGACGAAAACGCAUUUGAGUUUACUUCAUCAUCUUCAGCCAUCGCCUUUACCAUGUACACAGCCGUCAGGAUCCACGUCGCCAGUCUCAUCGCAAGCGUCUCAAGUUCGCUUCUCUUACGAGAACCCCACGCGGACGUACGUCCUCACGCGGCUAUGCUGGAGGCGUACAGAUGGUCUCGGAUUGCCUGCCAAUGCCUCGAGUUCUUCCACAAUGAUAAACCUAAAGUUAAUGGACGCAUCAUCACUCUAUGGCCAUUGGAAACAGCCUGGGAGCUAUUUUCUCAUCUCCAGGCAGACAAGUGUGUAGACGUAUCGAAAGAGAUGGCGUGGUGUCAGGGUACCGCAGAAAGACUGUCUUCGAUGGGAAUACCUCCGUUCCAGUGGAGGUGA